CUCUCUCUCGUCACCUCGGCCCCGAUAUUCGCCAGCAGCUUCAAUAAGGUAGUAGGAGGUAGUCCAUCACCAACACCGACGCAGGCCGGGAUCGCGGAUCUCCCUCUCCAGCCAACCGGGUCCCCAGACUCCUCCCUACUGCAGGCCAACCCACAUGCCAACAUGUGAUAUUGAUGCAGUCAGGUGAAUGGAGACUUUUCAUACCGACAGCCCUCUCGCCGCCUAUCUCGAAGGUGAGGGUACAUUCGAGUUCGACGACCACGAAAGCGACGAUCGCUUCCCACGAACACCCGAGAACGAUUUACACGCCGAUUCCUUCGAGCAGUCCUUUGCGCCGCAGGCCAGGCUCGCAGCAUUGCCACGUGUCAGGAUACCGCAGCUCAUACCUGUGCCACCUGGCAAGGAGCCACCGAAAAGUGCAAUCACACGAGUACACCAUGCCUGGUCUUCUGCGGUGAACUCGAGGUUAGGCGCCUCAGAUAAUGCCAAGUUUCUGGAGCACUUUCGAUAUACCAUAGUAGCUUCGCAGCUGCUGAACGAGUACCUGGAUCAUGGAUCACUAGCUCCCGCGGCUGCUCUAGCCACGAACCUGGGCUUGAAUGGCUGUUCAGAAGAGACGGGAAAGGCGAAGGACACAGCCAAUAUUGUUGGUGCGCUGUCAGCAGCGACAGUGGCAUUCGCAUUGGUGUAUUUCCUGGACUGGCUGCGCACCCGUCGCGUAAGCAGGAGCAGAGCUGCCAUAGUGCUAGGUACAGUCGCAAUUGCUGCGUUCAUGGGCUACGGAUAUCUGCGUAAACAAUGGCUAGAAAGCCUAAGACAUGAAGCAGUCGACGCUGCGACAGGGUUGACGACGAAUUGGCAAGCCUUCGAGCUUUCAUCUAGCUCUGCAUUGGCGUUCGUACAAGAGGUGGAGCUGGUGUCCAAAGGCUACAGGUUGAGCACGCCUCUGCCGCCAGCGUCGAGGAUAGAAGAAAGUGGCGCAGCCAGAAGAUGUGCGAAGCUGCGGGCUGCUCUAUACAAAGCAUAUGCCAAGACUAUCCCGGCAUGCAUACAGGCGCAUACAUUGCUACGCACGCUGAUUGAAGCGGAUGACAUUGAUAGAUACUUUGAGAUCUACGACAUCAGCCAUCAAGAUGCGGACGAGGCUUCCGGGCCGGAUGCACUUCGUGUGCUGGAUGACGAUGGAGAGUCACUGAAGUCUUUGCGGGUUUUAAGUUACAGGGCGGGUGUCCUCAGACGAGUAAUUCUGUGCUCACUCCUGGCUCUGGACGCCGAUGGUGGCAAGCUGGACUUUGCUAGAUGGCGAGCAGCGACCAAUAUCAUGGGCGAAUUGAGUAAAGCUGUUGCCGGAUCUGCGGAGCGGAUACGACUGAUUUUGAGCGAGAUGGAAUCCUUCAGGUUGUCAUCCCCUGCGCUCAAGGGUGCGCAUACUCCCCAGAGAGAGAAGAUGCGAGGCCAAGUGCGGAAGAUUAGUGCUCUGGGUACUGGCAUUCGAGGACUCCAAGCGAAGAUGCAAAUUCUUCGCGAAGAGACUAAUAACUCAAUCGAGCACUCGGAAGACCUUACAGACCUGGGACCCACAUUGAUGGCACAAUACGAAGCCAUUGGGGCAGAUCUACGAGAGCUCCUCCAAGCCUGGGAAUCCGGCAGGCAAGCCUUGCAAACCAAUAUCACACGCCACGAAAGGCGCAUAUCUAUGGCCUCCAGUGGACUUCGCUCGCCUGUCUCGAGCAUUGGAGGGCUCACCGCCGUAGACGAAGUCAUGGAUGGACCCGCUGACGCGCUCAAAGUGCUCAACGGAGACGGCACCAAGAGUCACCGUUCCAGUCUCAACACCACCUCAGACGAGGAAGAGAUGGUCUUUGAGGCGGUGGCCAUGCCAAGGCAGCGCGCCAGCACAUUACUGACCCGCGAGGAGCGCAUCACGAAGAUGCACGAGCAACGAGCCAAGCAGCAAGAGCUGCGCUCUCAGCGAGAUGCGAAUACAAGCAUGCUCCGCGAGUUGGAGUCUGUGAUCAAUCUUCGGCCGAAGAAGGAUACACCGAAUGGCACACAUGCCCCCAGAAUUACAUCGCUGUAAAGCCACACAUUGCCGGCCUUGGGCGGAGUGCAUCCAGGGCUUGGAACGAAGGUGCUCUGCUGCCAGUAUAGCACUGAUGAAGCUACACUCUUUUUCUUCUUAGCGCAUUGACUUGAAAGCGACGCAUUGCUGGUAGAACAGGACAUUUGGGGGGAUGGCAAUUUAUCAGGACGGCGCUGAAUAAAGGACGCGUCUGGGCCUAGGCGAGGGGGAUUCAACGGUUUAACACUCCGAAACGGAACAAUAUCUCAUACAGUAAUCUCGCAUUUUGCUAAUGAUCUCUUAAU